CCGAACCCUCGCGAGACCCGACGCCCGAUUUGUGCGCCCGGGAAACCCCGUUGCUCCCUUUCCCCUGGCUGGCAGCGCGGAGGCCGCACGAUGCCUGGAGUUACUGUAAAAGACGUGAACCAGCAGGAGUUCGUCAGAGCUCUGGCAGCCUUCCUCAAAAAGUCCGGGAAGCUGAAAGUCCCUGAAUGGGUGGACACUGUCAAGCUGGCCAAACAUAAAGAGCUUGCUCCCUACGAUGAGAACUGGUUCUACACACGAGCUGCCUCCACAGCACGGCACCUGUACCUCCGGGGUGGUGCUGGGGUCGGCUCCAUGACCAAGAUCUACGGAGGGCGGCAGAGAAAUGGUGUCAUGCCCAGCCACUUCAGCAGAGGCUCCAAGAGCGUGGCCCGUCGGGUCCUCCAAGCCCUGGAGGGGCUGAAAAUGGUGGAAAAGGACCAGGAUGGGGGCCGCAAACUGACACCUCAGGGACAGAGAGAUCUGGACAGAAUCGCAGGACAGGUGGCAGCUGCCAACAAGAAGCAUUAGAACAAAUGAUGCUGGGUUAAUAAAUUGCCUCAUUCGUAA